GAACUGGCACUGUCUAUUAGUUUGUCUGCUGUACUAGGAUCAGAGCGCAUGAUAUUGAAUCUCUAAAGCCUUUCUACAGAAAUGAAGAACAAAAGCUUAGAACUGUUUGUAGUGAUUCUUGCUAGUGUCUGGUGUACUAUAGGAGGAAACAUGAUGGAAGAAGAUGUUGUUUUCUACCAGGAGAAAGGCACAUUUUUGAAAGACCACGUGAUUUCGACUCAUCACGUGACCACACCAAUCGACUGCAGUUUUCUUUGCACGUCGGUAGAGAAGUGCGAGUCAUACAACUACAAACCGAGAGGGCCUGGUGAGCAAGACUUGUGUCAGCUGAACAACGCAACAAGGCAAACUAAACCAUUGGCGAUUGUAUCUGAUGCUGCCUUCAACCACUAUACACCUAAGUUGACCUACUACGAUUGUCUGGCCUAUCUGAAAGAUGGCUUUAGCGAAAAUGGCGUGUUCACAAUUACUGACGACAAAGGAAACCUGUUCCCAGCUUACUGUGACUUUACCUCUGAGCCUCGUUCAGCAUGGACGUUGAUCAUGUCCCAUGCCUUCAAGAUGAGUCACAUGCCAGAGUUCUGCACGAAAGAGCUUUCUAUGAACGUCCCUCUGCAAGAAAACAACCCUAACUGGGAGAGAUAUAGACUUCCAUUGAGUCAAAUGUACCAUUUGUCGAAUGUUUCAUCGCAUGUUCGAAUCAGCACAGGAUUUUCUAAAUUUGGCAUUGAUUUCACUGACUACAUGCGCGCUCAGAUCUCAGAUAUUAACAUCUUAAAGUUCACGGGUAAUGCUGUAUGUAARACUAUCGAAUACAUCAACGUGAGGGAAAAUAUUGGAGAAGGAGUCACAGCGCCAUUUUGGCAAAGUAACAACCAAACAUCUAUUUUUCACGUCAACACUUUCAAAAACCCGUGCGAUUUUGAUGCGACAAGUGGUGCUGCACCCAAUGAAAGGAACUUUGGGAUGUAUUGUGCAAACAAAAAUGAAACAAGCAGGGAAUUCAGGGGAACGGCAGAUCCUGAUAGCACAACAGAGUACUGGUUUGGUGGAUAUGUCUAGUUUCAUCUUGGGAGAAUGCAGUGGUUAUAAUUGUGCUCUCUCCUGGUAGUUACUUUUCGAUAACAAGUUUGGCGUCUUUUUUUAUUUUGGCGCGGAGUAUAGGUUUCCUGUGGAAAGGAGGUUGAGAAUCUAGAGAUCCAGACGGGGUUUUAGUCUUAACAUAUAACUUGAAAUAAGGGGAGAGGAGUAGCAAAGUCCAGUUAGUCAAUGAAUAGAGGUGUAAGAUCUAACUAACUAAACAACAAAAAAAUGGUAUAGGGAAUUGGUGUUUUUAAUAAGUUGUGAGGGUUUAUAAAUACUAAUCACGCCACCUUUCACGAGCGAUUUUUCUCUUGCGCAGGCGACGCGAUUUUCGGGUACGAUGAAAGCUGAACAUUGAAUUUGAGAUGUUUUUUGUAAAUAUAAGAAGUAUUUUUGAGGAUUUUUUUCAUCGAUACAGCAUUGUCGCUCGUGUAGCUACAUACGUAAUUAGCUUUUCUGAGUCUCUAAUCAUUUCUCAGCCUCCCUUCCCUGGUGAUUCUAUGUUGCGCAGUAAUAUUCUAGUCAGUAGUCGUCUAUUAAUUGCCUCAAGAACGGAAAUAUUAAUUGUUAAGUAAUUGCUCAUACGGAAAUCAAUUUUUUUGUAUUAAGUGAAUUUAUUUACUUCUAGUAUAUCUAGAGAUUCCACUGUGUUAUGUUCACUAGUAAGAAAUAAUGCACUAAUUAAUUAGAAUUAAUGUAAUUCAUUCGAAGUGGUGAAUUCAGGAUUUUGGAAAAUGGGGUUCCAUUUUGGUGUCACGAUCUUUUUUGUUUUGUUAGGUGUUUGUUUGUUUGUUUGUUUGUUUUUGUUUUUGUUUUUUGUUUUUUUCAGUCUUUUAUUGCUGUUAUUCAAGUAUAUUUUGAUUCCAAAACAUGAACUCAAUACUGUUUUAUUGUUGUUGAUUUGUUUUGCUUUGCUUUGUUUUUUGUUCGUUUGCAUUGUUUUUUUUAUGCUCUAGGUGGAUUCCGUACUAGAACCCAUGAUCAUCUGACUUGAUUACGAACCUGAACAUUGGUUAGAGUUUCACCGAUUUUAUUAGGCAUAAACAGCUAGAACUGAGAUAAACAGCUAGAACUGAUAAUAUCAAUUCAUUAAGGUCAGAAAUUUUACCACUAAGUUCUGAUAAUGACGUUUACUAAUUGCUUCUUUCGCUUAUAAAUGCAAUUAAAGCGUGAAAUAAGAUGA